CCAUGUGAUGCCUUUCUUGAAUAUUAUUGCUGUUGCAGCUUUCGAUGAGGCGGAAGCUCAGUCUUGGGACAGAUUCCUUACUUUUUCUUACCUUUACGUACUCAAUGCACUACAAAGUCCUUGUGCUUGCAUUUCUCGUGGCACGUUCCUCCUGAAUGCCAAUCUCCGAUGUGGACACCGCGGGGGAUUAGUAUGGAUCAAGCAGGCAGGCAGAUCACCUUCAGACGAGUUCUCAUUCCCGUCGGAUCCUCGAAAUACUACUACGAGGGACUUUGGGGACAGCAGCGAACUUAUUCGUACAUAGGUCAUUGGCUCCAACUCCACCACGUUUCAAGUGUUGCAGCAUGACCAGCGUCAGCACAGGACACUUCAAGAAGUCGGUUGGCGGGAUUCUUCAGCGGCAGGAUCCAAUACUGGCUGUCGACUCGGCGUGCCUUUGGGGGGCGGCACCGCGAUGACAAAUUGAGACCUCUGGGAGGUGUCCGUGACUAUGAGAGGAAUAAUGCGACGGCACCGGGAUGCAGAUAACACGGUAAUGGACAUCGCCUGCAAAACGGCUUUCGGACUGUCAGCGUGACAAAAGCAAAUUACAGAAAACAGAGACCAAGGUAACGAUGCUCUCUUCCCCUCGAAAGCUUUGCACAGACAAACGCAUUGAUAAAGAGCCAACCCGAUUCUGUGACGAAGAUGUUGAGUAUAUGGUGUACGACUCCAAAUGUCUCGAGCGCACCGGCGCAGCAGACAGCCAACAUGAAGGAGGGUACCCAUUCUCUUGCAAAGGUAAUGGGCCAUCACUCUUGCCUUCACACCGACCAACUAAGAGUCCAGCUACCAAUGGGUGGCUCUCAAGGUUUGUUGAAAGAGAUUCUCCGUAUCAUGAAAGUCAGGCUCUGGCGCAGCUGAAGAACAGGCACAACAGGGAUUCCACACGAUGAUCUGGGUAAAAAUAAUCCGGUUAGCAGCCUCCUCGCUUCUUGGCUGAUGAGAACACAAAUGAAAAGACAUCUCGGAGACACUUGCGAUGCAUCGAUUGUUCCACAAUUGUAUCGGCGUUCAUUUACCCAACAUUCAUUGAGCACGAUAGUUCUUCAGUCACACGAUAUGAAAAGAGAACAGACCCUGUUCCCUCUUCGCAUAAUCUCUCGGAGCCGUCUCGAUUCAUCCUUCGGUAUUGCCCACGGCCGCUGCCUCCAAUCAGUCGGUGACUUCUCAUCUGCUGGAGCUGUGAAGAGCAUCCUGAGCAGGUGAUAGCAUUGCUUUCAGGGUCCUAGUAGAGAGUCUCACUGUCGGUAUUAGGCACCCUAAGCCACUAUUAGUCCCAGCUUGCUGCCAGUGGUUAUGACGUAAUGCCGUAAGUGGAAUGUUUCCCGAGUCGCCUCCCGUUGUUGGACCGCGAAUGGAUGGACCAUGGACGCGACCUGUUACGUGUCUGUGACAUGGCAAUUCGCUGAAAGUGGCAAAGUACGCAUCUAUUCCAACUGCUACUCGUUCUGCCUAUUCAAUUCACGAGGGCACUCUUCUCUGAUGCUGUCAAGAUGACUUCCCUCUACCAGGGACAGUCAUCACUCUGCGCACAGGGCUGAACACAUACAGUUCUGCUUAGUGUCACCCUCUCGACAGGCAACGUUUGUCCUUGUAUGAACUGUAUACGAUUCACCGAGUGCGCACGGUAUAAAAUGGCUCCUGGAUCCAAUUCUCAGUUGAGCGAAUCGUGGGUGGUUGAGGACGACGGUGACGAGAGGAUCAGUUGGGACGAACGUUCUGCAGAGUCGGAGCUGGACGAAGAACCAAAGGUUGCAGUCCAAAACGAGCACGAACCCAAGGUGACCAGAGUUAUUCCGCAGAGACGCAAGUCUCCCAGACUGUCCACGCCGACAGCACCAGAACCAGAGUUCAUUAUGCCAUCCUUGGCAACCAGUGUCGCGCCUUCAGAGAAGAUUGUGCGGAGAGGGAAACCGUCGGUCACGGCCAAGGUGCUUUCAUCAAAGCAGCAGACAGCACAAGUCCGCUCAAGUCGAAUGAAUCAAACACAAGCGGCCAACACAACGACUUCGCCGGUGGCGGACAAGAUAGUCCUGGUGCUGGUGCAUGCUGCGGAAUGGCUGCUCGAUAUCCUAGGGCAGACGCUGAAGACCUUGAAGCGGCCCAUCUCUUGGCUGCUCGCGGCAUAUCUCUUUUUCGGCAUAUUGAUGCUUUUGCAAAACCUCCUGACCACCUCCAUCUAUACGGCGCUAUCCCCUAUAUGUCGCAUUCCCGGCGUGUCUCUUCUCAAUCUUCCACUCUGUCAGUUUGCUUCAUCCAACAAUGACAAACCGACUCUCCCUGAUGGGGCUUCUGCGCCCGUCGAGUUCGACGCCCUCAUGAAGACGCAAUCCCACUUCGAAGAGAUCUUGUCUGAAUCUGCGGCCGGUGUUGCUUUGCCUCUGGACAUGAAACGAUCCGAGACUUCGAUUCGCGAUCUGCGGCAGAUUGUGCGGUACUCGCAGCUCGCCUCCCGCAACGAAAUGGUUCUCGAAUUCGACGGGUUCAUCGAGACCGCUCGCAUAGCAUCAUACGACCUCCAGAAAUUCAAUUCGCACGUCGGCCGCGGUGUGGACAUUGUUCUGAGCACAGCGCGUUGGACGCAACGGGUGCUCGAUGACAUGGCAGUCAAGCAAUCUUCUCGAGGCAUCAUCCCGGGUUUCAUACAAGACAAGCUUCUGGCUCCUUUCAAGCCGAUACAAUUCACCGAAGCAAGGCUCCUCGACCAAUAUAUCUCUCACACGCGGAUAGUAUCCGAAGAGAUCGAGCGUUUGAUCGAAGAGGCCCAAGCUUUACUUUUGGUCCUGCAGAACCUCGAAGAUCGACUCGACGUGAUCCACGCGAUCGCAUUACGCGACAACAUCGCCGCCCAGGCUGGCAAGGAUGAGAUCCUCUCGCAUCUCUGGACCCUGCUGGGCGGCAAUCGGGCCAAGUUGGGCAAGUACAACAACCAACUGACACUUCUAAGACAAGUGGGCCAGUAUCGGAAAGUUGCAUGGGCGCAUGUUUCAGCUACGAUCCUUAAGCUGCAGGCCAUGGGUGCAGAGCUGGAGGAGCUACGUACGAGGGUGUCAAGUGCCGAAGUACUAAGAGGGCACAAGGAGAUCCCGCUCGCGGUGCAUGUAGAGAACAUAAGGUUGGGAGUGCAGCGGCUCGAGGAGGGCAGGGAGAAGGCCAGGCGGCUUGAGCAGAGCCAUGUGAGAAGGGUUAUCGAAGGGGCGGACCAAGGGAAUGUCAUGGCGUUAGGACAGGCUUGAGGGCAGCGAACACUGUCAACGAUUGUAAUGAUUUGAUUGCGUGCACAUUCAGCGACAACAAGGUUGCAAGGGGACGGAUAAGGAUCGGUCGGAUAAUGUAUCAAAGCAGGUAUCACAUGGCAGAUGGUCUGGCCCUACUCGGUAUACGAGUUGUGAAUGCAGCUUUAUUGUGUUG